AUGCGCGUCUCUUCUCUAUCGCUACCUUUGGCAGUGCUGGGCCUCGUUGGGUCUGCUGCUGCAUAUCCCCACCCAGAGCCAGAGGCGAUCUUGCCCCGCGAGUCAGAGAGCCAGGCCAAAGCCGAUGCUGUCAAGGAAGCCUUCCAACAUGCAUGGAAUGGAUAUGUCAAAUAUGCUUUCCCUCAUGACGAGUUGCACCCCGUGAGCAAUGGCUUUGGUGACUCUAGAAAUGGAUGGGGAGCCUCAGCUGUCGACGCGCUUUCAACCGCCAUUGUCAUGGGUAACAAGGACGCUGUCCAAAAAAUCCUGGACCACAUUGAAACCAUUGACUUCUCGAAGACCGGGGACCAGGUCAGCCUGUUCGAGACCACUAUCCGAUACCUUGCUGGCAUGUUGUCCGGCUAUGAUUUGCUCAAGGAUCCUGCAACGAAAAGCCUUGCCCCUAAAUCAACUCAGGUCGAUGCCCUGCUUACCCAGUCCAAGAAACUUGGUGAUAUCCUGAAGUUUGCCUUUGACACACCAUCCGGUGUUCCCUACAAUAACAUUAACAUUACUUCCAAGGGAAAUGAUGGCUCGAAAACCAAUGGUCUUGCAGUAACUGGAACUCUGGUGCUGGAGUGGACACGAUUGUCCGAUCUGACUGGCGAUGAUGAAUAUGCCAAGAUAAGCCAGAAGGCCCAGUCGUACCUUUUGGACCCUCAGCCAUCAAGCGGAGAGCCUUUCCCGGGCCUGGUGGGAAGCAACAUCAACAUCUCUAACGGUCAUUUCACCGACGGUACUGUCUCCUGGAACGGCGGUGAUGACUCAUUCUACGAGUACCUGAUUAAGAUGUACGUGUACGACCCCAAGCGGUUCGAGUCAUACAAGGACCGCUGGGUCCUCGCAGCCGAGUCGACAAUCAAUCACCUCCAAUCGCAUCCCGCCCCUCGCCCGGAAGUGACCUGGCUGGCAUCAUACUACAACGGCCAAUAUGAUCUUAGCUCACAGCAUUUGACCUGCUUUGAUGGCGGCAGUUUUAUCCUGGGCGGCACUGUGCUGGAUCGGCCGGACUUUAUCGAUUUCGGCUUGAAACUCGUGGAUGGUUGCGAGGCUACUUACAACCAGACCCUGACCGGCAUUGGACCAGACUCGUGGGGCUGGGAUCCAAAGAAAGUGCCAUCUGACCAAAAAGAUUUCUACGAGAAGGCCGGAUUUUACAUCAACAGCGGCUCGUAUGACUUGCGCCCUGAAGUGAUCGAGAGUUUCUACUACGCGUACCGCGUCACUGGGAAAGAAAUCUACCGCGACUGGGUGUGGAACAGUUUCAAGGCGAUCAAUGCUACUUGUCGCACUGACUCGGGCUUUGCUGCUGUAAGCAACGUGAAUACAGCUGGCGGCGGUUCAAAGUACGAUAAUGAGGAGAGCUUCCUCUUUGCUGAAGUCAUGAAAUAUGCGUACCUUGUACAUGCAGAGGAUGCCCCAUGGCAAGUUCAGAAGGGCGAAAAGAAUGCGUACGUGUUCAACACUGAGGCUCAUCCCAUGCGCGUGUCGCACACCUAG